GGGGUUCGUUGACUCGGAACUCCAAACGCGCUCGCUGCCUGCAGUACCCACCCGUCACCAGUUUGUGCAAGUUACCGGUAUGAUCUUGUCUGGCGCUCACGGGAGAAUCACCGCGAGCCCGCUAAAAGAUGGCGGGCCUGACCAUUGCCACCGACGCCGGCACGGCACCUGUGGCGAGCACAACAGAUCCCCGCCGCAACUCGACCUCGACGCGGACAUCAUCGCCGCACCGCCCACCCAUCAGUCCCAUCACCCCACCGUUAGGCCCGACUCGCUUGCCAGGCCACGGCCCGCUCACAACCAUGCCGGACAAAGGCAGCGAUGCGAAUGCGACCGCCGACUUUGCGCGGGGUCGGCCGGUUUUCACGCACACGACGCAAACCGACCAGGUGGGCAUCACGCCCCCGCCAGCGCAGCCGAUCGACUUUGAGUCAAACCCGGAUGUGUUGGCGCUGAAGAGCGCGAUUUCGAUCCUACAACUGCAGCGGGCGCGUGCCACCGCCGAUAUCCAGACGCUAAAACGGGCAAAAGACGCGGCGCUUGCCGACCCAGAGGCGUUUGUUACAGAUCUUCACGAAGGACGGGUGCAGGUCGUAGGCGACCCGCUGCUAUCCGGGGCUGGAGUCAGGACCACGGCAGAGGAGGAUUCUGAUUCUGAUUCUGAUUCGGACGAGGACGAAGAAGAGCAGCCCGACGGGCAAACAGGACAGCCCAGAGCGAAAACGGAGGCGGACGGCGACACAGCAAUGGCAAACGGCGCUGAGGCACCACCCAAGCCGCCAUCACGGCCGAAGAAGCCGAAACAGAAAACAAGACGGAAACCCGGCGCCGCGGACACCUCCAAGCCGCCACCCUGGCAGAGACUCCCCAAGAUGCAGAGCGUGGUCCGCUGCCCACCCAUAAACUGGGCCCAGUACGGCGUGGUCGGCGAGUCCCUCGACAAGCUGCACGCCGAGCAAGUAGCCGCGCCAACUCCCGGAGCGCCCCUUGUGCUCGGCCCCGGCGGCACCUACGAGUUCAAGGCCGGCGACGGAGGCGACCAAGCGAAUUCCGCCGCCGGUGGGGGUGAGCAGCCUCGGCGGCUGGUGGGCAUCGCCGCGCCGUAUAAUCCUCUGCGGGACAAAUUGGACAAGAAGGGCAAGGGCUCGAAGCGCUGAGCGCUAGGCUGGAGCCCUGAGACAUUCAUGACGUGUAUGACAAGUAUGAGGAAACCAUGAUGUACCUUAUUUACCUAUGCAUGUGCUGGCGUUCUGGUAUGUUGGGCGAUCACCGAGCAGCGCUCGCUG